UUUAUUGAUUUCGGUAGAAACAAAAACCAUGCAAAUGAAUUUGAAAACAUCCUCUGAUGUAUUUCGAAACAAAGUGCGAUAAAUAAAUACUAUGCAGUCACAACAUUUCAUUUAUUGCCUACCAUCCAGACUGAGGUGAACACACAUCAAUUUUUUUGUGAAAUUACCAUAGUCAUUGGAUAUCUAUAAAAGAAAGCAUGACGAACAAGUGGAUAUUUGUUGUGAUCUUUUGCGUCCUAACAAUUUCUACGAGCAUCGCUGGCAGCAUAUGCUGCAAUAGAAUUAAGGAAUUGGUGCAAAAAAAGAAAAAGGCCUUUGCAACUAUUUGUGCAUCAGGAAACAAUCUCCCUCAGGGUUGCUGUGACGAUAUUAAGAAGGAAGUAAAGUCGUUUGAGGAUGCAUACCAGUCGUUAUGUGUUAGUUCAUCAAACAUCCUGGGGAACUCGAGCAUUCUAAAGAAUAAGCCGCAAUGGAUAACUCAGCUUCAAAAAUGGCUGCCAUCGAACUUAAGAGGUCAUAAGACGGUGCUCUGUUACAGAGCAACCGUGAAUGGUUGGAGGUCAAACAAAUUCCACAGUCGUUGUGACUCGAAGGGACCAACACUAGUCAUUAUCAAAAAAGGAUCGUAUGUGUUUGGGGGAUUUGCAUCGCAAUCUUGGGGAGGAAGUGGUCGUUACAUAAGAGCACCAAAUUCCUUUAUUUUCUCGUUCAAAAACAAGGAUGGUCUAAAACCUUUCAAAGCCACGAUCUAUAGAUAUCAGCAAUACGCAAUGUACACAAAUACAUACUAUGGACCAACAUUUGGAGGUGGUCAUGACAUUUAUAUCGCCAACAAUGCUGGGUCCUAUUCCAAUUCAUACACAAACUUUGGUACAUACAAGCUCCCAUCUGGCUAUUCCUACGGAAGCACAAAAGCAAAGAACUUAUUGGCUGGCUCGUACAGGUUUUCUCCAAACGAAGUAGAAGUUUUUUAUUUUUCUGCACCAAUCCUGCAGGACUCAAGUAUUAUAAAGAAUAAGAAAUGGAUAGAAAAGCUUGAAGAAUGGUUGCCGUCGAAUUUACACGGAAAAUUGACUGAGCGAUGUUACAAAGCAUCCGUAAAUGGUUGGAGUUCGAGCACAUUUCACAGUCGUUGUGACUCAAAGGGACCAACACUGGUCAUUAUUAAAAGCGGAUCUUAUGUGUUUGGGGGAUUUGCAUCGCAAUCUUGGGGAGGAAACAGUCGUUACAUACGAGCACCAAACUCUUUCAUUUUCUCCUUUAAAAACAAAGAUGGUCUGGCACCUUUUAAAUCAAAUAAGUCCAAUAAUGCAUACGCAAUGUACACAAAUAGAUACUAUGGACCCACAUUUGGAAACGGUUUUGAUAUCUAUAUUGCUAGCAACGCCGGAUCCAGUUCCAGCUCAUACACAAACUUUGGCUAUGGAUAUAAGCUCCCAUCUGGCUAUUCUGCUGGGAACUCCAAAACACGAAACCUGUUACCUGGUCAUGAUUUACACCAAAUGAGCUCAAGUCUUUAUUUUUCCACACCUUACUCUAAAAAACAGUGA